AGCAAUACAGAAAAUACUGAUUUGAUGUCAAUUUCCAUCAUGAGUAAUUCUUGUAAUGCAACCUGCUUCGUCCCUGGAUGCAACAGUGGUUAUACAUCUGUUAGGCAGAAGAAUAAAAGCUUGGGAAUCAAGAAUCCAAGUAUAUUUAGAGCUCCAAAGGAUCCUGUGCUGCUAGACAAAUGGAGACAUGCAAUUCCUCGGGCCGACCGAAUACUUUCAGAGAAGGAUGUUGUAUGCGAGCAUCAUUUUGCAGAAAGUGAUAUAAAACGAUUUUACGAGACGAAGUUGUCCGAUGGGACAAUAUUCAAGUUGGAAAUGGGCCGCCCUAGACUCCAAGAAGGAGCAAUACCCUCAAUCUUUCCAAAUCUGCCUUCAUAUUUAUCCAAACCGUCACGUAAAAGAAAAGCACCUGCUGCAAGAAAUGUGCCUGUGAAUAAAAAGAAUGCUCCAUUGGUUGCAGAUAAUGUUGCCGCUACUAAAAAGGAUUUUACAUUUCCACUGUUGACUGAAAGUCUGCAGAAGAUUUCCAAACCGCAUUGUUUGUGGACUGUAAAUUCUGUAGUUGAAUUCAUUGUAUGUGCUCGAUGGGCAACUAAUUACAUGUGUGAAAAAAGGGUUAUAAUUGAUAAAGAUAUGACUGUAAAGAUUUCUACGUUAUCUUUUCUGAAUUUUUGAGCUAUGAAUAGAUGGAUUUUUUUUUUUUUUUAAUUAAGGAAAUUG